UAUUUUCUUUGCUGUCUAAAAAACACAACAAAGUGCUGGAGCAAGCCACUCAAUCCUUAAGAGGUUCCCUGGGCUCCAGUGAUUCUCCUCUCCCUGAUUAUGCUCAGGACCUGAAUGUCAUCGAGGAAGUGAUCCGAAUGAUGUUGGAGAUCAUCAACUCCUGCUUGACCAACUCUCUCCACCACAACCCCAACCUGGUCUACGCUCUGCUCUACAAGCGGGAGCUGUUUGAGCAGUUUCGGACCCACCCUUCCUUCCAGGAUGUCAUGCAAAACAUAGAUCUGGUGAUCAGCUUUUUCAGCAGCCGAUUAGAGCAAGCUGGAGCUGAGCUCUCAGUGGAGAGAGUUCUGGAAAUCAUCAAGCAAGGAGCUGUUGCAUUGCCCAAAGACAGGCUAAGAAAAUUCCCCGAGCUGAAGUUCAAAUACGUGGAGGAGGAGCAACCUGAGGAGUUCUUCAUCCCCUACAUCUGGUCCUUGGUCUACAACUCCGCCGUUGCCCUCUACUGGAACCCCCAGGACAUCCAACUCUUCACCAUGGAUUCGGGUUGACAGGAGCUGCUCCAUCCCAGCUAUCCCAACUUCUGGAAAACCCAACUCCACGCCGCGUUGUUUAAUACGUGUGACCCCUUUCCAGCGUGCACCCUCUUGACCCCAAAGCUUUUUGGAGAAUGAAGCUUUUUCCUACUUUCCAACCCAAUAUCCGUGUGUCUGGAGAGGUUUCCCACCUCUGCUGGGAGGAACACAACUUUGUGUUUAUAGCCCUUAUAACUUAGAGCUUGUUUGAGGAAAAUGAGGCCUUACACGUGGGGUCUGAUGUUCCUACCAACCACCAACCCUUCUAACUUCAAGGGGUGAAUUGAAGGAAGAGCUUUGUGGACUUGGAUUGGGAAGGCAGUGGUUGUGGUUUUCCUUUUCUUUCAAGCAAGGCAGCUUCGUUGGGUCAAGCUUUUCUGUGGGCUGGUGGGUUCUGCCAUGGGUUGCUCCUUACUUGAUCCCCUGCUUUCCUUCAGCCCCUUUCUCUUGGCAGCAGCACCAAGGUGAAAUUCCCACCAUUGUGAAAUUGGUGUCCCCACCAUCACCCAAGCCAAGGGAAAGCAAUGAGCUCCCUGGCAGAUCCAAAAGCCUUGGGUUAGAUGUCAAAAUGGCUGUAGGAGGGUUUUCAAUAGCAAAUUUCUU